GCGGAGCGGCCGCUUCCUGUUUCCCGCAGUUCUCUCCCCGCCCUGGGUGGUGGCCGCUGCCUCGUCCCCGCUCGCAGGCUCAGGGCGGAGGCGGCCGCGACACGCUGCGGAGCGACUGAGACGCGCUCCGCCGCCGGCUGCUUUAUCGAGCGGCGCUCCACGCCCCGCCCCGCUCCGCAGCCGCGAUGCAGGCCAUCAAAUGCGUGGUGGUGGGCGACGGUGCUGUAGGUAAAACAUGCCUACUCAUCAGUUACACAACCAAUGCGUUUCCUGGGGAAUAUAUACCCACAGUCUUUGACAACUACUCUGCUAAUGUAAUGGUUGAUGGCAAACCAGUCAAUCUGGGCCUGUGGGAUACAGCUGGUCAAGAGGACUAUGACAGACUACGCCCACUCUCCUACCCCCAAACAGUUGGAGGAACCAAUGGUAAGAAUGUAUCUUCCAGUCUGACAGAUCAACCUAUUGCCGAUGUCUUCUUAAUCUGCUUUUCCCUUGUGAGUCCUGCUUCCUUCGAAAAUGUCCGUGCUAAGUGGUAUCCUGAGGUGCGGCACCAUUGCCCCAACACUCCCAUCAUUUUAGUGGGUACCAAACUCGAUCUCAGAGAUGAUAAAGACACUAUUGAAAAACUGAAGGAGAAGAAGCUGACUCCUAUCACCUACCCACAGGGCCUUGCCAUGGCAAAAGAGAUAGGUGCAGUGAAAUACCUAGAAUGCUCAGCACUUACACAGCGAGGCCUCAAGACAGUGUUUGAUGAAGCCAUCCGAGCAGUUCUGUGCCCCCCGCCUGUAAAGAAGAGGAAGAGAAAAUGUCUGCUGCUGUAAAGUCACCCUCCCCCACCCCUCCAAACCCUGUGCUUUGCUCAGAACAAUGGAGCAUUCACAUUCAAUGCCAAGUUUGUCUAUUAUAAAUUAGUUCUCUUCCAUAAAUUUUUGAACCGAUCAAUAAUUCCAUGGUUUCAUUUGUUUGAAGUACGAAAGUUCCUUUUCAUUCUACUAAAAGCAAAAUCCUAAAAGACAAACCUAUAUAAAGCCUUAUUUUUAAAAUCUUAUUCUUGCUCAAUUACUUAAGUGUUGCCAAACUAUCUGCUGAACUAAGUUGCAUUGUUGUGCUAGGAACGAACACGAAGCACUAAACUGUUUUUUAAAGAUUCUUCUUGAAGAUGACUCUAAUUUCUGUUAAGAAAUGCAAAAACACUUUCUAGUUUUUCACAGUAACUGAACCGCGUAAUUAGCAAAACACUGCAGUCCAGCAUUUUAUUAUUAAAUGUUUUCUCAACCCAGGGUCAUUGCAUAGCAUUGUAUAUUGAACCCAAGUCACUGACAAUGACUGACAACCUCGAGUCACAGUGUAAAACGCUUUAUCAUUGGUAAGGGCUUGGUUGCAAUCUAGUUCUUGCUGCUGUGAUUUAAAAAACAAAAACUGUUCUUAUUGAAGUGUGUUUAGUCCUUUUGACAGCAUUGUGUUGUGAUGAAACAUUGGCUUGGAUCAACUGAUAGUGCCAGACAGUAUUUUGACACUGUAUACAGAUCAAUUUACACUACACUGCCAGAGUAGUUGAAAUUGAGUCAACUCUACUUAAGGUUAAAAUUGGUGACUGCUUCCCCAGGCGUGCAGUAGUGGAAGAGAGGUUGGUGUUCAUAGGUAAGUUCCUUUGACGUUCAUGUAGGGCAUUCAUUUAGCUAGUUUUGAACAGUCAUUCCCACAUGUUGUGUAGUAAAUGCUUUUCUUGUAGAAUCUCUUCUUACUGAGCAAUAGAGCUUGUAUUUUAAAACCUUUCUGAUUAUAGAAUUCUUUUUUUUUUUUUUUAGUAAAGUAGAAUGAUCAAGCAUAGCCUUCUUCUGUUCCUGUUAUUUCUAACCCAGUAAGUUAUGCUUUCUGAGGAGCUUUUAGUCUAUUAACUAGGUGUAAAAAUCAUGUGAAGCAGCUUUACACAUCUUAGUAAUUUUUAUAUUUUAGACCUCUAUAAUCUAUGAACCUUCUCAGAUGUCACUAUUUGCCAGAUAUCCCCAACACUGUAACAUUACUAAUGCAAACGAGUGUUCUUUGUCACCUCCAUGUCCAUGUGCAGCAUAGAUUGAGUAACGGUAACUCGGGUCUGUGAGGUUCUGUAAACUAGUGCUAAUGUUCUGUACAUCCUCAGCUGGCAGGAAUACAGUGUUGAACUACACCCUUUCGACCACUAAAGCAAAACUUAAAAGUUGCAAAAUUGUGAAGUUUUUACAUUGAUCUUUUGCUAAUGCAAUUAGCAGUAUGUUUUGCAUGUAUGACUUAAUAAAUCCUUGAAUCACA